CUCUCUCUCUGUCUCUCCCCUCUUAUUUAAUAUCUAUCUGCAAUCUCCAUCUUGAGAAAGGAAUAAAAUGGGGUCUCCGGCCCUCCCUGCUCGAAUCUACGUGCAUUUAUUGCAGCUGCACUCGCAAUAUACCGAAUGCUGGUGGAUGGAGUGAGAGAAGAAAAGACAGCUGUUGGAAGGGGGAGAAGAGAUAUAAUACAUUGCAGUACACAUUCUCCAAAAAGCCCUCUGUUGCUGCCAUCGCUACUUCUGCUAUUGUUGUUAUGGAGAGCUUCCAAGGAUCCUUCAACAACCCCUGUUUCUUGGGAGAGCAUUUGAAUGUGGAGUGCUUAGAAGAAGGGGAUGCUGCUGAUUUUAGUUAUGGGCAAUUUCUCAACAAAGAAAGCUUGAGAUUUGGAGAACCUUUCUCCAACCCCAUAAUCUUCCAAGACAAGAUGCCAUUCCUCCAAAUGUUAGAAGGAGUAGAAUCCCCUUCCCUUUCACCAUUACCAGAUCCCAACUUCCACCUCCUGCCGAGAAUACAACAUCAAAAGAAGCCAUGGAAACAGCCCCGCUGCCUGGAAACUGACGCCCGCAUUCCUCCAUUAGAGCUCGAGAGCUGCGUCAGCUACCUCUCCGAAUCGCACUCCCCCAUCAAGUCCGAAACCAAAGAUCAGCAAUACCCACAUUCAUCUUCCUGCCUAGAAACCCCAAGCUCUCCUGACAAUUUCAAGGACGGCAGUGUCGGCGUUAGUGGCAAUUCAGGAUCAUCUUCCACCCGUUUCUGGAAACAAGCUAAUGCACCCCAAUUCACGAAACCACCUCCUGUUCAAGAGAAGCGAAAGCGGAAGAAGAGAUCAAGACCAUCCAAGAACAGUGAAGAGGUCGAAAGCCAACGGAUGACCCACAUUGCCGUUGAACGUAACCGUAGGAAGCAGAUGAAUGAUCACCUCAACGCCCUCCGCUCUCUAAUGCCGCCUUCAUUCAUCCAAAGAGGAGACCAAGCUUCUAUAGUUGGCGGCGCCAUCGAUUUUGUAAAAGAGCUCGAACAGCUGUUACAGUCGCUUCAAGUGCAGAAGCGGCUGCGACUGGUGGAAGAAGAAGGCUAUAGCCCCGACACUCCUACUUCAACUGCUUUCAACGGCUUCUUCACAUCGCCACAGUAUACAACCUACUCAGCGGCAGCAAUGCGGCAGCAGCAUCAGUCCGAGUUCAAGUACCCAUUCAAUGGAUUUAUGGAAGGUGAGGUGAGUGAAUUUUCGGCCGAGAACAAAUCGGCGGUGGCAGAUAUUGAAGUUACGGUCAUCCAAACGCAUGUGAAUCUGAAAAUCCUAUCAAGGAGGCGGCCCGGGCAGCUUGUGAAGGCCAUUGCUGCUUUGGAAGAACUCUACUUAGAUAUCUUACACCUUAAUGUAACUUCUCUGGAGAGCUCCGUUCUUUACUCAUUCAAUCUCAAGAUUGAAGAGGGCUGUAGCCUUGGGUCAGCUGACGAGAUUGCAGGGGCAGUUUAUCAGAUUUUCAACUUCAUUAACGGGAACUGAAAGAGGAGGCCUUUUUUUCUUUUUAAAUUCUUUCUGGGCCAGAUAACUACAAUGUGCGUUUAUCACAGGUCACCAAAUUAUGGCAAGUACACGGACUACAUGCAUCAUUGACCAUCCAAUACGUGGUCAUGGGACGCAGAUGGGAUACUGCCGCUGGAACCACCAACCUUUCUUAUAACGUAGAGGGAUUUGAUUGGAAAACAAGCGGCCAUUAACAAUGCCCUGCAAAGUAUGUUUGAAAGAUUUUGACAAGUGCAUAUUUGAACCGACUCAUCCCAUAUGGUGGCCUGCCCUACAAUCAAAUUCUGCCGCAUCAUCUUAAAAGGUCGGUGUAGAGUGGAGAAAUCAGGUGGUCGACAUUGUCUAGUAUCAUCCACCCAAGAUGAGCUCAAGAUUUACACGGUCAGAAUGGCGGGCAGCGCUGUGGAUAAGCUGGCACAACUUAGAGAAAUGUGAAAAACGCACAUUGUAGCCCGUCGUGGUCUUUUAUGUAAGAGUGAGAAGAUGGUCCACUAACAGAUAGAGUGAGAGAGGGCCGUUGUGGUUUCUGCUGUAUGUAAUGAUAAGGAGAGAGCAAUGAAAGGGUGGGAGAGAGAAGCAGGAGAUGGGAGGCGCUGAUGACUACUGAAUGCUGAUGUUGCUUUGCUUGUUUCCAUGCAAAGUUGGGAUUGUUUCCUUUGCAACCUUUUCUCACUCAUUUCGCUUUCUCCCGUCUCUCUACUCUUUUUCUUUGAAUUUUUUAUCUCAUCGUUACAAAUGAUGUCUCUCUUUCUACCCACGAUUUUGACCUUUGUGUGGACUGUUGUUGCCCCGACCCGUUAUCGUAAUUUUCUUCUUCACGUUUUUUUUGUUUUU